AAUCAGGCGCCUAACGGCAAAACCCCAGCCGACUUAACAUACUCAUAUAAAUCAGCGCGCGAAGAAAUCUAAAACUGGGAGACGGAAAUUGGCCGGAAAGGGUUAUCGAUUAGUAUUCCUUAGUUGCAUUUCAGUGUUUCUCAUGGCGAUUGAAUGCCUUGUUUUAGGGGCAGGGCAAGAAGUAGGAAAGAGCUGUGUCGUGGUGACCAUAAACGGGAAGAGAAUAAUGUUUGACUGUGGGAUGCACAUGGGCUAUACAGAUGAUCGUCGAUUUCCAGACUUUUCCCGUAUCCCUUGCGCUAGAGAUGAAGACUUCACCAGCUCCCUUAGUUGCAUCAUCAUCUCCCAUUUGUAUGACUUUGUUAGAAUUAUUUUGUGUGUGUGUGUGUGUGUUUUUUUUUAGGCAUUGAUGUCUAAUGUUACGGAAGUUCUAAUUUUGCAGCCACUUGGAUCAUAUUGGAGCACUUCCUUAUUUCACUGAAGUUUGUGGAUACAAUGGGCCCAUUUACAUGACGUAUCCCACAAAAGCUUUGGCUCCACUUAUGUUGGAGGAUUACUAUAGAGUGAUGGUUGAGAGAAAGGGAGAGGAAGAAGUGUUUAGCACUCAGCAUAUUAUGGACUGCCUGAAGAAAGUUACCGCUAUUGAUUUGAAGCAGACCGUACAAGUUGAUGGAGACCUCCAGAUUCGGCCAUACUAUGCUGGACAUGUUCUUGGAGCAGCAAUGUUUUAUGCAAAAGUUGGAGAUGCCGCUAUUGUAUACACUGGAGACUAUAAUAUGACAGCAGAUCGACAUCUUGGAGCUGCUCAAAUUGAUAAACUGCAAUUGGACCUUGUUAUAACAGAGUCAACUUAUGCAACCACCCUUCGAGAUUCGAAGUAUGUUCGAGAGCGAGAAUUUCUCAAAGUUGUCCAUAAUUGUGUUGCUGGUGGAGGAAAGGUGCUCAUCCCUUCAUUUGCUCUGGGAAGAGCUCAGGAGCUCUGCAUGCUUUUGGAUGACUACUGGGAGCGAAUGAAUCUGAAAAUUCCUAUUUACUUCUCCUCAGCUUUGACCAUUCAAGCCAACAAAUAUUACAAAACAUUCAUCAGUUGGACAAGCCAAAAGGUGAAAGAUUCAUAUGCCACACGAAAUCCUUUCGAUUUUAAACAUGUCCACAAGUUUGAGCGUUCUCUGAUAAAUGCUCCUGGACCCUGUGUACUUUUUGCUACUCCGGGAAUGAUAAGUGGAGGAUUUUCUUUGGAAGUUUUCAAACAAUGGGCGCCAAAUGAAGGAAAUCUUAUUACACUUCCAGGGUAUUGUGUAGCUGGGACAAUUGGACAUAGGUUGAUGUCAGCUAAAACACCCACCCAAGUCUCUAUAGAUCAGAACACCCGAAUUGAUGUGCGAUGUCAGAUUCAUCAGUUGUCUUUUAGUCCUCACACUGAUGCCAAGGGAAUUAUGGAUCUCAUCAGGUUUCUCUGUCCAAAGCAUGUGAUGCUUGUACAUGGGGAGAAACCUAAGAUGGAAUCACUCAAAGCAAGAAUUGUUGAUGAAUAUAAAAUUCCUUGUUGUGCUCCUGCAAAUAAUGAGAGCGUGAUUAUCCCUUCUACUCAUUACGUUAAAGCGGAGGCAUCAGACACUUUCCUUUGCAGUACACUGAGUCCAAACUUCCGAUUUCUCAGGAAUAGUUCGAGAGGACAUUCUGGUUCAAGUGAUACAGAAACAGCUCAACCGUCGCUACGGAUAAGUGAUGACAGAGUGGCCGAAGGAGUUAUAGUUGCCAGGAAAAACCAGAACCCAAGGAUUAUACAUAAGCAAGAACUACCGGACGUGUUAGGAAAGGAAAUUCAUGAAGUCCAGGGUGCUCUCUGUGUUCCAACACGAACAGCCAAUGCAAUUGGGAAAGAAGACUUGCUACAAGAACAGUUGCCUUUGCUACACCAAUUAUAUCUGAAACUUGCAGAUGAAGUCGCUGAAGUAACUGUUCUGAAAUCCGAACAGAGCCUUCACAUCGAGUCAGUGGUUAUUUCUGUGUGUCAUAUGGACAACUGCCUCUACCGAUUAUGCGACGAGUCUGGAAAUAUACCCGAGACUACGUAUUUUUGCUGCAAGUGGUCUGCAGCGGAUCAGAAGAUAGCUUGGAGAGUCAUUUCGGUGAUCAAGAACAUGGAGUUGAUCAAUUCCUAGAGAUUUCACCGAGAAGAAAGAAAAUCAACUACAGGUCGGAUUUUGCGGAGUAGAAAGGAAACAUAAGACGCACGAUCGACAGGGAGAGUUUUUGUGUUUGAUACUUUGAUUGUGGGGUGGAAUGGUUUUGUUGACGGAAGAGCUUUGGAUGGAGAUUCUGAAAAACUUGCCCACUAAAUCAUUGAUGAUAUGCAGUUGCCUGUGCAAAGGAUGGCGUAAUUUGAUCUUGGGUAAAACAAGUUGUUAUUUUGGUGGAAAACACUUGGAAAGUUUUAUUAUUAUUCGGGCAGUAACCAUAAAAACGAAGACGAUAAAUUAUGUAGGGCUCAGCACCGGUACCAUAUAUCACGGAUGAUGAUUGGUCGGUGGCCGAGUGUGCGUACCGAUGUAACCACCAAGACUAUUUAUUGUCAAAGAAGAAGAGAGAAUCAGAUGAUUCCUCUACUACUACUAUAUACUUGCGACCGCGUGUGGUGUAGAAUUACCUGGAUGGCUUGUCCUAAACCGAUCAUCAUGCAAUGGAAUUCUAUGCUUUACGAAUAUGUUUGAUAGUCCGUUUUGUGUCUAUUUGUGCAAUCCCGGGAACUCGGGAUUACUUUAGACUUCCUACAACUACUGUACUAUACCCGGAGGAUGGAAAUAUUUACUAUGCUGAAGCAUUUGGUUUUGGUAUUGGCAAUGGUAUUAAUGACUACAAGGUUGUUAUAGAAUACUAAAGGGAAACCCAAACAGAUUUGCUGCCGAGAUUUACAAACUCACUACAAAUUGUUAGAGCAAGGUCAAAAUUGACGACAACAUUGGCCUCAUACAAGAUAACUUCCAUGACCUAACUUGGCCGCACGAGAGAGAGAUGAUAUAUCAUGGCUUAUAAAAGUGAUGGAGAACUAUUGAAGGGUUGUUUUCAGUGGCUAGCUCAUACCUCCCGGGGGUUGGGAAUCAGGCGGUCGAGAAUCAUUAUCUUUGAUUUUCAAGGUGAGAAGUUUGACCGGAUGGAAAUUCCGGCUCAAUGUUGGGAUCGUCGUCGUAUGAUAGUCAAGUUGACAGUUUUGCACGAUUCCAUUGCAUUACUUAUAAAUCGAGAUGAUUCUGAUGAAAUAGUCAACACCGAGUUUGAAGUGUGGAUGAUGAGGGAAUAUGGGAAUUCAGAGUCAUGGACUAAAACCUGUACCGUGGUGUUGCCACUCCCUCCCGACGCAACUGUACCCAGCCAUUACAGUCACAGAUUGUGGCAAAUGCCAACUUGUUGGGGUGAGGAGCUUUUGGCUGUAAGUAAGUAUGGAGAUAUGUUCUCUUAUAGUCUCCCACAAGAUGAACAACAACAACAACCACAACAACCACUUGGUGUUGUAAAAAAUUAUCGAUCCCUACCUUGCUCGGCAUCCCUCAUUUGUCAUCUUUCAACCAACUUUGGUUGCUCUUAGCGGAAGGCAAACAAGUUAACUUUCUCUUUUUUCUUUUUCUUUUUUUUGUAUAUUUUAUGGCUUUGUACAAGAAUUUCAGUUGGGAAUUGAUGAUUCAGCUUUUUUUUUUCUUUUUCGUAUCUAUGUGUAUGUUGUUGUCAUCCUCAAGUAGUAGGAAAUUGUGUAAAAUAUUGCUUAAACGAUUAGCUCGCUCUGUGGCUCACUAGCUACUGAUAACAUUCAAUCACCAUGUACUUCUACUAAAUUCACAACAUGAAGGGCCAUUAUAGAUGAGGAACAGACAUUCGGCCGUUAC